UAUCAUCACAUCACUCCCUCACUCUCACCAAACUCUCUUCAUUCAUUCUUUAUGGAUCAAGAAACAACAAGAAGAAACACCAUGCAAGAAUGUCAUGUGAUAGCCCCAACAACAACAACGGCAACAUCAUCGUAUCGUGGAGUUCGUCAGCGAAAAUGGGGCAAAUGGGUGUCCGAAAUCCGUGAGCCUGGAAAGAAGAGCAGAAUAUGGUUAGGGAGCUAUGAGUCACCAGAGAUGGCUGCAGCAGCAUAUGACGUGGCAGCGUUACACCUUCGGGGACGAGCUGCAAGACUCAAUUUCCCCGAAUUGGUUGAGACGCUGCCACGUCCAACGAGUUCGAAACCCGAAGAUGUCCAAGUGGCAGCACAACAAGCGGCGGUGAUGUUCAGAAUAUCACCAACAAUGUCACCUAUUAACAAUCAUCAAGGAUGUGUCAAUGACAAUAACAUUAUUAAGGGUAGUGUGGUUCCUGUGAGAGUGGGACUCUCACCCACACAAAUUCAGGCCAUCAAUGAGUCCCCAUUGGACUCACCAAAGAUGUGGAUGGUGCAAAUGGCAGAGGCACUCAGGUUUGGUUUCGAUGAUCACUCUAUGAUGAUGCUGCCUUCUGAUGAUGAUGAUUAUGCUUUGGAGUUGAGUGGAUGGGAAGAAAUACAGCAUGAAUCUUUAUGGGACUCUCCAGAAUAUAUGUAAUUAAUUACGUAACUAUUAAUUAAUAAUCAAUGUACCCUUGAUUUAGGGCAUUAUAUAUUACAUAUGAUUAAAGAAUCAUGUGGUUUUAGUGAGACUGAUUCAAUGAAGCAAAAGGAUUAAUAAAUUAUAUAUUUGUAAAUUGCGUACAGUA